GGAGGAGGAGGAGGAGGAGGAGGAGGGAGCGAGCUGCAGCAGCAGCAGCAGCAGCGAUCGCUGCGGCGGGGCGCGCCGCGCACGGAGCUCGCCGCUCCGCAGCCGCCCGAGGAAGCGGCGCCGGGCGCAGCCAUGCCGGGCCCGCGGCGCUGAAGCCCCCGCGCCGCCCCCCGCGCCGCCCCGCGCCAUGGAGGAGGAGAGCCUUAAGCAGAGUUCCCGGUCCUCGGAGGCAGCCGAGGAUGAGAAGGAGCAGCGCACGGUGACGGUCAACCCCUCGCACAUGAGGAAGGCGUUCAAGGUCAUGAACGAGCUACGGAGCAAGCGGCUCCUCUGCGAUGUGGUGAUUGUGGCUGAAACUGUGGAGAUGGAAGCCCACCGGGUGGUCCUUGCGGCCUGCAGCCCUUAUUUUUGUGCCAUGUUUACAGGAGACAUGUCUGAAAGUAAAGCCAAGAAGAUUGAAAUAAAAGACGUUGAUGGGCAAACACUGAGGAAGCUGAUUGAUUACAUCUACACGGCCGAGAUAGAGGUCACGGAAGAGAAUGUGCAGGUUUUGUUGCCAGCUGCUAGUUUAUUGCAGUUGAUGGAUGUUAGAAAAAACUGCUGUGACUUUCUCCAGUCCCAGCUGCAUCCCACAAAUUGCCUUGGCAUUCGAGCCUUUGCAGACGUGCACGCGUGUACCGAGCUUCUGCAGCAGGCAAAUGCCUAUGCAGAGCAGCACUUUCCUGAGGUGAUGCUAGGAGAAGAAUUUCUUAGCCUUAGUCUGGACCAGGUUUGCAGUUUAAUAUCCAGUGACAAGCUCACAGUCUCCUCUGAAGAAAAGGUAUUUGAAGCUGUUAUUUCUUGGAUAAAUUAUGAGAAGGAAUCUCGCUUAGAGCACAUGGCUAAACUGAUGGAGCAUGUUCGCCUGCCCCUUUUGCCCAGAGAUUAUCUUGUUCAGACAGUUGAAGAAGAAGCUUUAAUCAAGAAUAACAACACGUGUAAAGACUUCCUUAUCGAGGCCAUGAAAUACCAUUUGCUUCCGCUGGAUCAAAGGCAGUUGAUAAAGAACCCUAGGACCAAGCCAAGGACUCCAGUUAGCCUGCCGAAGGUGAUGAUUGUGGUGGGCGGGCAGGCGCCCAAAGCCAUCCGCAGCGUGGAGUGCUAUGAUUUUGAGGAGGAGCGAUGGGAUCAGGUUGCUGAGCUUCCCUCCCGGAGAUGCAGAGCAGGUGUGGUAUUUAUGGCUGGCAAUGUUUAUGCCGUCGGGGGCUUUAACGGCUCUUUAAGGGUGCGCACGGUGGACGUGUACGACGGCGUGAAGGACCAGUGGACGUCGAUCGCCAGCAUGCAGGAGAGACGCAGCACUCUGGGCGCCGCUGUGCUGAACGAUCUCCUGUAUGCAGUGGGUGGCUUUGAUGGCAGCACUGGUCUGGCAUCAGUUGAGGCCUAUAGCUAUAAAACCAAUGAGUGGUUUUUUGUGGCUCCCAUGAACACAAGAAGAAGCAGUGUUGGAGUUGGAGUUGUGGAGGGUAAGCUCUACGCCGUGGGGGGCUACGACGGAGCGUCCCGUCAGUGCCUCAGUACCGUGGAGCAGUACAACCCGGCCACAAACGAAUGGACGUACGUCGCCGACAUGAGCACGCGGCGCAGCGGCGCAGGCGUCGGCGUGCUCAGCGGGCUGCUCUACGCUACCGGCGGGCACGACGGUCCCUUAGUGAGGAAGAGCGUGGAAGUCUACGAUCCGGGAACAAACACCUGGAAGCAAGUCGCGGACAUGAAUAUGUGUAGAAGAAAUGCAGGUGUGUGUGCAGUCAACGGACUCCUCUACGUGGUCGGAGGAGACGACGGCUCCUGUAACUUGGCCUCUGUGGAGUACUACAACCCCAUCACGGACAAGUGGACGUUGUUACCAACCAGCAUGAGCACUGGGAGAAGUUAUGCAGGUGUGGCUGUGAUUCACAAACCGUUGUGACACACAAUCAAGGCGGUGCAAGGAGCAGAAGCCAAGUGGAUCCAGCUCGGUGGUGCUGGGAAGGCGGCCGACCUCUGCCUUGACCCAUCUCCUUGCUGUUAAACUCUUAGCAUGACAAGUGAUACGUUACAAACAUCAUCUGCUCUGCGGUGGAUCGCGCGGCGAAGUGCAGAUCCCUCCGGGGACGCGGUCCGUGCUAGGCACGAGGUGUUGCUUGUUUUCCGUGGUGCAAUCAACCGUUUCUCUCAACGGCUAGUUGGGAUGAACACUGUGCUUGAACUGCGGGCACUGAAUUUCUUCUGUGAAACAAAACUGCUAUGUUCGGACACGGGAGUAAAAACGAACACUUUGGGAUUUCUUCACUACUGAUGCUCUGUACGCGUUAUUGGUUGAAUUUACUCCGUGUGCCUGGAGGGUGGACUUUACUACUGACAGUGGAAACUUGGAAGUACCAACGGCAGAAGCAGUCGGCAGAAACGGGCUGGAGCGGGGUGCUCGGGCUGUGUGACACUGUCUCGGUCAUGCGUUUGUAUUUGCCACUGGACUGCUGUACGUACCCCUGGCACGCUUGUCGUGCGGUGGGAGAUGAGUACCGUGUGGUUUUGAUCUUUGUCGUGGGUGCUGUUGCCUGUUCGUGAUGGGACCUGCUGGGCAGUGCCUUUCCUGGGGCUGACGUCUCGGCACCUCAACCACGCCGAACGCCGCAACCCCGGAGGAGUCUGCUGCUCCGGGGGGGAUUACUGCUCCCAUCAAACAGCUACGGCUCGAAUAGAAAGUAUUCCUGACCCAUACGUUUUCCGUGCUGUGCUGAAAGCCCCAGUUCUCGCUCCGUCCAGCAUUUCAGUGCCAUUUCGUAAUAGAGCGUUUAGAUAUCAAAAGAAAUACCUGAUGGUGCCAUUAAUGUAGACACGGUACAGCGAGACCCCUCGGUCACCCGAGCAGGGAUUAAUAACCGAGAUAAAAUACCUACAGUGUCUUAAUGCUUCCAGAGUAUGGAGAUCUUACUAAUCAGUGUCGCUGUAAUUAUUUAAAUUUUUCCUGUACUGAAUGUGUUCUUCCAUCAGGAUGAAGAAUUGAUCAGAUUACUCAAAACACAAUGAAAAAGACCAAUUAGAUCCAGCUGUGAUGCAGUUGUCUUGCUUACAUCCCGGAUCCUUAAAGCUUUCUAUUUAAGAGGAUGUUUGACUUACAAAUAACCUUUUUGGUGACUCCUGUACUCAUCUGAGCCAUGGUGUGUUUCUGUAUGCAGGGGUAGACUCUCCAGCUAAAGGGAACUGAUGAAGAAAGAUGUUUCCUCUCCUCUUUUUUUUUUGUUUUCUCAGCUCACUUGACUUUAUGCAUUUUAUUGUCUUCUUAAAGAGAGUUUGUUUCACUGGUUUUUUUUUUCUUUUUUCUCCCCCUGUAGAUCAACUGAGCCUUUCUGUAGUGGGCAGCUGGCCUGCAGGGCUGUGUCUGUGUAUGUCGCUGUCAAGCUGUAGCACUUACCGCUGUUGUUCUGCUGGUUUCUAUCUCCAUAGAGCUCCUAUUAAAAGAACUAUUUAUGACCUUCUACGGUAGAAAAGAAAAAUACUUAAAAAUUGUUUUCGGAGGGACCUAAGGCUGAAUCACCUUGUGCUGCUUUUAUAGGGGAUGCAGAUUACUUCUGUAAAUAAGUUGAUUUUUCGUGUUUGAGCUGGCACGGUCCUUUUAACCCGGGUGCCUGUUCAGUGCGGGGGGAACAGCGCAUCGCUCUGCUGCUUAGCGUUGCCCAGGACGGGGCUGACCGUCGCGGGGAGCGUUACACACUGCCUGCUCCUCUUGGCAUGCUUUUGCUUUCAGAAGCAAAAGCAAACUGUCUGAAGAAAUGGCAGUUUUGUUCUUGAUAUCUACCCUUCCGUUGUGUGACAGGUGAGAGGUCUUGAAAAUUAAAAAAAAAAAAAGUCAUUUUUGUAACACCCUCUAAGCGUCUCGCUUUGGGUUUUAUGGUCUCCACUGAAACGUACCAAAAUAGGAGUAAUAUUUGCUGCUCUCUUAUGAUGGACUUUUUUAUUGUAAAAGCUAAUGAAGGUGGUAGGAAGGUGUCCACUGACUAAAUCUGGCUGCUGAUCCGAGUCCAGAGGUGCAUCUUUACGGUGACAAAAAGGUAGAUGAUGCCUUGGUUCAGACGGACACACAAAUUCAGUGUCCCAGAAGCUGCUUGGCAGGCGUUUCCCUUCUCCCGAAGUCCUUGGGGAUACAGGUAAAAAUGGGAUAGGCUGAGGUUUGGGACAGAGUUAGUAUCUCAUCAGACUGAGAUGACAACUGGCCAAGGUCAACAAGCAUUUGGCACGUGGCCCUCAUCAGGUUGGGUUUAGACAUAGGCAGCCUAAAGCUAAAUAAAGGUUGGGAACAGUUGCCAACUAAGCUGCUCUGCCUUGGCAGGGGUCAUCACUGGAGCAAAGGCAAAUAUUGGCGAGAGACUAAUAGUUUCUGCGGGUCAGAGAGACAAACUAGUAGUCAGUGCUAUCGAGAUGCAAGCUGGAAGUUUGCAGUAUUUGUCAGAUGUCCUGACAGGUGGAUAUGCCUGAAGGUUGGUUGAUUUUUUUUCCCCCCACUAUAUCUGCUUUUCUAACAGCAAUACACAUCUCUUUGUAAACCUUCCUCGCUUUCAAGGAAAACAGUUUUUUGGCGAUUUUCUGCUAUCGUAAAAUGGCAUUUAUGCACACCGCCGGCCUAGACCUGUGGGUCCCCAUCAUAGGGCUCUCAUCGUCUGCCGGGGCUUGCGGACCGUGCUCCUGGCUGCAGCCGCUUCUCCUCCACCUUUCUUUCUUUCCUCCUCUAACGUUGCAGUGUUAUGCAAGUCAAGUGACCUCGUUUUCCAGCUAUGCAAUAUGAACAACUGUAACACAUGACAAACCAACUGUAUCCCCCCCCCCCCGAACGGCUUUUCGGAUUUGCCUUUCUUUGACGUGUUGUUUCAUGUUUCUGUUAUUGAUUCUGAGCACCUGAGCCAGAUCCUUUCAAGAUUGCCUUUUUCUAGGACUGAAAACAUAGCGUUAGCGCUAACAAAUUUUACUGUAAAUAUUUUUAUAAGACAAUUUUAAAGAAUUUUUUUGGAUUGCUUUUUAUCGUUGUCAAUGACACGUUAAAUUCUGGAUCUAAUUCUUACACUCCAGUGCAGUUCUGGCUGGCUGUGACGUAGGUGUGAAUUUCUAUGUUUUCUGCACAAGAAAUUAAAUAUUGUAACUAAGGUCUGGGAUAGCUCUUGUGUUGAUCCUAACAUUAUUAUAGAAGGGACAGCAGUGGGCUUAACGUUAUGAAAUAGAUUAAAAUCCAUUACCUCAGUCACCAGUACACUCUUGGAUUAGUAGUUAUUUUAAAAUAAUUGAAAAACUCUGAUUUAAUUUUCUUCUGCUGUUCAUUUGCUUUGCGUUUAGCUUGGCGGACAAGCUUUCUCUAGCCAGUUUUGUUUCUCGGCUCUCCCGUGUGAGCGCAGCACUGCUCGAAGAUGCAAGGGGCGGCGUGCAUGAUAAACACACCUGUGCAAAAGCCCCAAGUCGCCAAAAAUAAUCAAAGCAUUGCAGGAGGUUUUGUAAAAGCUUUAAAAACUUUUGGGCUGGUUCAUAAUGGUGGUCUUUUUUGAAUAUUAAGGUUUGGCAGAGCCCAGUUGUGCUUGCGCACCGCCGGGUUUGCACCACAGGGGAGCAAAGGCACAGCGGGGUGUAUUCGCAUCGAGCAACGUGUUGUUAGAGCAAGUUUGAAUCAAGUCCAUCUUUCCCAUUUGCGCCUAAUAGAUAAAUUGGGAGUGAUUAAAACCAAUUUUCUGUUCAUUGAGUUUAUCCACAUACUUUUUCUGUCUAGAUGUGUUGAGCACUGUAAUUACCAUAAAUACACUUGGCAGCAUUUGCAUGACAACACCAUGAAAGCUUGAUGCUGUUCUCGUCUGCAGUGUUUGGAGACCCAAAUCCUUAAUAUCCAGCGAUGUGUGAUGCCUAUUCAUCAAACUAACGUGAUGGUUCAACAGAUAAAUGCAUCUUGUUUGUAACCUCUGGGAUUCACUGCUAAUAAAAUGUAGUGACAGGACAGCUGCCCCCUUGGCUUAACACCAUGCCCAUAAAUCAUAUUCACAUAAAAAUACUCGGUUGCUCUAAGCUAGUGUUUGAGAGUAUGUUAGACAUUAUAGUCUGGAAAUGAAUGAAUUCACUUUUUUUCCCUUCUGUCCUUUUCUUUAUUCAUGGGAUUAAUAAAUUAUUUUCCUCUAUGGUGACAAUAAAUAAAUACUGAGAAUUCUAAUUUGUAUAUUUUAUGUAUAAAGAAACCCUUUAAGAAUAAUGGAAGAUUGUGAAACAAUUUACCUGAAUGUGAAAUUCUUUGUUUUCAUAAAACAGAUUUUGUUUGAUAUGAUAGCUGACAGCAUAACAUAAUGAUUUGGUUGGCCGUUUAAGCCCAUUUUUUGAUUAUUUUAUUCUAUUUUUUUGCAUGAGCAUGAAGGACCAAGGACGUUGCAAAGUAAUUCUCUUGACAGCUGUAUUGUCCAUUGCGACAAACAACUCAAGGAACAGUCUCCACUGGUAUAGUUAAUAUUAUAACAGAAAAAUCACAUUGUAGUUCCCAGGACUUUAAUUUGAAUAAAAAUUGGACUAAUGAAA